AUGGACGAUACAGGUGUCGGAAUGCAGAUAACAAGUAUGAUCGUGUCCCCUCCUAAUCGCACUGAAAAACGGCAUGAGAAACGGCUCAAAAGGACGACGGUGUCGCGUUGUAAGGUUGGGCGACGACCUGUGGUGAAAGCUAAGCUUGCUGGUGGAAAGUUGCUUAGUUUGGAUCCUGUCGCCUCGUCUGACCAUUCUUCGCCUCCGCCCUUUGCGCCAAAAACCCAUCAGUAUCACUGCUACUCACCAACAUCAGCAGCUGAUGAAUCCGAAUUCGACGCGUUUUACGAGGAGCUGGAGGAAGUGAUCCACAGCGAGAAGUCCUUCUACAAAUUCGUUGUCGGAGACUUCAACGCAAAACUAGGAAAGGCUUAA